AUGGUCACUGCUGGAUACAUUACGAUGCGUACACCUAUUGCCAACAAGGGACUUGCGUUUACAGAGGAACAGCGCAAACAGCUUGGUCUACGUGGUCUGCUACCGGCUGCCGUGUCAACGACUAAACUCGAGACUGAGCGUGCCAUGGCCGCUAUCCGUCGUAAGACAUCGCCCAUUGAAAAAUACAUUUUUAUGCAAAGCAUGCAAAAUGCCAACGAGGAUGUUUACUACCGGAUGCUCAUUGAGCACACAUCGGAAUUAAUGCCGAUUGUAUACACGCCAACGGUUGGUCAAGGUUGUCAGGAGUUUAGCCACAACUAUUUGCAACAGCCACGUGGUCUCUUUAUCUCACUAAACGACAUUGGUCACAUUGCUGAGAUAUUAGACAAUUGGCCAGAAAAGGACAUUCGUGCCAUCUGCUUUACGGACGGUGAGCGUAUCCUUGGUCUAGGUGAUCAAGGGGCUAAUGGCAUGGGUAUCCCCAUUGGUAAAUUGUCGUUAUACACGGCAUGCGCCGGUGUACCACCUCACAUGUGUCUACCAGUUGUACUUGACUGCGGAACGAACAAUGAGAAGUACUUGGCCGAUCCAUUCUACAUUGGUCUGCGCCAGAAACGCGAGCGCGGUGAAAAGUUUGAGCAGCUUGUGGAGGAGUUCAUGGACGCCGCAAAGACCAAGUAUGGCAAGAGAGUUUUGCUACAGUUUGAAGACUUUGGCAACUCGACUGCCUUUAACUUGCUGCGCAAGUACCAAAACACUCACUGCACAUUCAAUGACGAUAUCCAGGGCACGGCCUCUGUGGUUCUUGGCGGUUUGCUUGCUGCUGUUCCACUAUCAGGCAAGUCCAUCUCGGAGCAAACCUUUUUGUUCUUUGGCGCCGGUGAGGCCGGCACCGGCAUUGCUGAACUAAUUGCUCAAGCUAUAGCCACGGAGACUGGAAAGUCUAUCGAGGAGUCUCGUAAGCAGAUCUGGCUUGUGGAUUCACAAGGUCUGAUUGUAAAUUCACGUAAGGAGUCUCUGCAGCACCAUAAGCUCAUGUUCUCCCACGACGCCUCCUUUUGCCCGAAUCUGCUGUCGGCCAUUGAGCAGGUCAAGCCAACUGCUCUUAUUGGUGUGUGCACUAUAGCUAAGGCCUUCAACAAGGAGGUGUGUCAAAAGAUGUGUGAGGCCAAUGAGCACCCAAUCAUCUUCGCUCUGAGUAACCCAACGUGCAAGGCCGAAUGCACGGCUGAAGAAGCUUAUACGUUUACGGACGGCAAAUGCAUUUUUGCAAGCGGUAGCCCAUUCGAUCCAGUUGUCUACAAUGGGAAGCGUUACGUGCCUGGCCAGGGCAACAACUCGUACGUGUUCCCCGGCAUUGGGCUGGGAAUUGUAGCGGCUGGUCUCACCCAUGUCGACGAUGAGAUGAUGGUCAUUGCUGCAAAGACGCUGGCAAGUAUGAUCACCCCUUCCGACCUAGAGUCUGGCUGCGUCUAUCCGCCGUUGUCCUCUAUCCGCAACGUCUCACUUAAAAUCGCUGAAGCUGUCGCUGAUUACGGAUACAAGAAAAAAUUUGCCACGGUUCCCAAGCCAGAGAACUUGACCCAGUUCCUGAGCAAUUUCAUGUACAAUCCUUAA